CGUGCCAUUGUGCGCUUGCGCUUCAGUCCGGUCGCCGCACGGUGUUGAGUGCGGAUUCAAGCUACGCGCCAACACAUUUAAGGUUUCGAACAAUGACGACAGCAAGCGUGUUGCUGACUGUGAGCACCUGGAGCUGCGGGGGCGACAAAUGCGAACGCGAGGUGGUGGGACGCGCCGCGCGCUCCUUGGCGGCUGUGGCGGCGCGCGAGCUCCGUGAAACUCCCGCCACCAGGGAACAGGCGCUCCGGCUCAUGAGGGAGUGGCUCCGACAGAAUAAGGACGUCACCAACGUACGACAAGAUGAAUCUUUCUUAUUGCGAUUCCUGAGACAGAAGAAAUACAGCAUACCCAUGGCACAACAGACAUUAUUAAAAUACCUGAACCUGCGCAAGUUGUACCCGGAAGGUUUCUCACAAUUAGACUGUGAACACGCAAACAUAAGAGAGAUCAUAAACAACGGGUACAUAAUGGUGUCUCCGGUGCGCGACAACAUGGGUCGCCGGGUCAUAGUCUACAGCAUAAGUAAAUUUAACGCGAGCAAGUUCACGUGUUGGGACAUGUGCCGGGCGCACGCGCUGGUAUACGAGACGUGUCUGGAGGAGCCGACGGACCAGGUGUGCGGGUUCACGCACGUGGGCGACGUGGCCGGUGCCAGCGCCUCGCACGUGACCGCCUGGAACCCGACCGACUUCGCGCGCCUCAUCAAGUGGGGAGAGCAAUCUUUACCGAUUCGCCAUAAAGAAUGUCACCUGAUAAAUCUCCCGGCGACCGUGCGCUACGUCAUCGACUUUGCAGCCAGCAGGGUACCUCCCAAGAUGGCGGCGAGACUGAAAAUCCACCAUAACCUCAAAUCCCUGCACAAGCACAUCGACACAGCCUGCCUGCCUGCCAGCUUCGGCGGCGCCAUACAGACCGAGGACAUGAUCCAGCACACCAAGACACUGCUCAGCGAGCACAGGAACAAGCUGCUCUCUCUGGACAACAUGGAGAUCCUCAGCUCCAAGGGCAUCGUCACCUCUCGGAGUAAGACCACACAUAACCCUGACGCCGUCGAAGGCAGCUUCCGAAAACUAGAAAUCGAUUAAAUCGUUUGUUUAAGACUAUUAGUGUAUAUUUUUAUAAGUCUGAUGAUUCGAGUAGUUCUAUUAUUGGAAUUCCAAUUAGUAAAUAGUGUAAUUAAGUUAGGGACAUAUGAGUUACUGGGACAGCUCGUGUACGAAUCAGAAUAAUGAGUAAAAAAUAUGAAUCUCUCUUUCUUGGUACCUAAUUUUCAACUGUCUCAUUCGGAUGAAGCUACUUCUUACCGUUGUGCAUAAACAUAAUAAAUAGGUGAGACCAAAUAUGUUUAAACCUACAUUAAUCAUAACGUAAUUUUCAACACACAUUAAGCACCCAUCUUAUACGAAUUAAUAGGUCAUAAGGGCACUCUUAGGACCGGUUGCAUCAAACCGUCUGUCACCGUUAAACCAUUCGUAAAAUUUUAUUGUAUGGGAUUUUCCACAGAAGUCUGUUGCCUGACGAUGAUGUGUCUGUCAAAUGUGGGUGAUACAACUGGCCCUAAGACGUACAUCUUCAAGGGAUGCGUAGUCUUACUGUAGGUGUAGGAACAACUAUGUAGAAUAUAAUAGUGUGAGUGUGGCCUAUCACACUACAGAACAUAAGUAUUUUUUUAAACUUAUAAGGACAUCCGGAAUACAUAAUGUGGUCCACGAUCCUCACUCCUCAGUAGUAGUAUUGAGCAGGCGACGCAAGGAAAGAAUCAAAUUCAAAAAUCCGGUCAAGAUUUUUGUGUUUUUAACCCCCGACGCAAAAACGAAGGGGUGUUAUUUAUAAGUUUCACGUGUCUGUAUGUAUGUGUGUGUGUCUGUCUGUGGCAUCGUAGUUCCCGAACGAAUGAACCGAUUUAGAUUUAGUUUUUUGUGUAUAAAAGCUGAAUUAGUCGGGAGUGUUCUCAGGCCCUGGUUUCUCUGGCCCGCCACACGCGACCGGCGGCGUCUAGAUGUGUGUCGAACGCUGUGCCACACGCCGUCGGUCGCGGGUGCGUGGAUUCUCUGGCCCUCGGUCACCCGUCGCCGGCGACGCGGCUCAGAGGCUCUGGUAUUCGCGCUGUGCCCGCGAUUGGAACUGUUGUGUUGUGUGCUCUGAGCAAUAUGAACGCAAAAAUUCUUACAUUAUUACUGUUAGAGGAGGAAGAUGAUGAAAUACUGAUUUUAUCCCUUAAAAUAGUAAAUAAACACUUACCUGGAA